GGACAACAAACAGGAAAUGCCUGGUUCAAUUGCAGCGGCCGCUGAUACAGAAGGGGACCAGAAGCAGCAGCACAGUCUUGUGAGCAACAGGACUUCUAUUCCAGCUUCAGCUUGUGUUUUUCCACAAGGUUUCCUGUUACACUUCAACCAUGGGAUUUGGCUCCCUCACUGCUAUCUCCAGCAUCACACAAGUCCCCAUCCCUUGUGUGGGAUUAACAGUUCUGCUGCAUCUCUCUUUGUCAUUCAACGUUGAUGUGAAAGAUACAAUGACUUUUAGUGGUCCUGUGGAAGACAUGUUUGGAUAUAGUGUGCAGCAAUUUGAAAAUGAAGAGGGAAAAUGGGUGCUUAUUGGUUCUCCUUUGGCUGGUCAGCCCCAAAAGAAAACAGGUGAUGUCUAUAAAUGCCCUGUAGGACAGGGUAACAGUUUGCCAUGUGUAAAAUUAAACCUGCCAGCUGACACUUCAAUUCCUCAAGUUACAGAAGUAAAGGAGAAUAUGACUCUUGGGUCAACCUUAGUGACAAAUCCCAAAGGAGGGUUUUUGGCAUGCGGGCCUCUUUAUGCUUAUAAAUGUGGACAUUCCUAUUAUACAACAGGCAUCUGUUCCAACGUUAGCUCCAAUUUUGAGGUUGUAAAUUCCAUUGCUCCAUUGCGAGAAUGCAAGUCCCAGCUGGAUAUUGUCUUUGUUCUUGAUGGAUCUAACAGUAUUUUUGAAUGGAAAGAUGUCACCAAUUUUUUGAAACGAAUACUGCAAAAUAUGAGUAUAGGCCCCUAUGAUACACAGGUUGGGAUCGUUCAAUAUGGAGAAAAUGUAACCCAUGAAUUUUAUCUCAACACAUAUUCAACCACAGAAGAAGUGCUUGUAGCAGCAGGCAAAAUUAAACAGAGAGAAGGAUUCGAGACCAUGACAGCUCUUGGCAUUGAAACGGCAAGGAAUGAAGCAUUUACAGAAGCUCAUGGGGCCCGCCCAGGGGUACAAAAAGUCAUGGUAGUUGUGACUGAUGGAGAAUCUCAUGACAAUUACCGAUUACAAAAAGUGAUUGAUGAUUGUGAAAAAGACAAUAUACAGAGAUUUUCUAUUGCUAUUCUUGGCUCCUAUAACAGAGGAAAUCGAAACCCUGAGAAAUUAGUGGAGGAAAUCAAAUCCAUUGCAAGCAGGCCAACUGAAAAGCAUUUCUUUAAUGUCUCAAAUGAAGUAGCUCUCCUUACAAUUGUUGAAGCUCUUGGAGAAAGAAUAUUUGCCCUGGAAGCUACCAAUGAUCAACAGGCAGCCUCUUUUGAAAUGGAAAUGUCUCAAGUUGGCUUCAGUGCCCAUUAUUCUCAGGACUGGAUCAUGCUUGGAGCAGUUGGGGCAUAUGACUGGAAUGGGACUGUUGUCAUGUUAAAGGACAGCAAUUUUCUAACACCAACAAGUAAUGCAUUUGAUGAUAGCUUUUCAGAAAGAAAUGAAAGUCUUGCAGCUUACUUAGGUUACACAGUCAAUUCAGCUUCAGUACCUGGAGAUCUGCUAUACAUUGCAGGGCAACCUCGUUAUAAUCACACCGGUCAAGUUAUCGUAUAUAGAAUGAAGGACACUGAAAUAGAAAUACUUCAGAAAUUAAGUGGUGAACAGAUCGGAUCGUAUUUUGGAAGUGUUAUCACAACAAUUGAUAUUGAUAAGGAUACAUAUACAGAUCUUCUUCUGGUGGGAGCACCUAUGUACAUGGGGACUGAGAAAGAAGAGCAAGGCAAGGUGUACAUUUAUUCUUUAAACCAGAAAACCUUUGAAUAUCAGAUGACACUUGAGCCUGUAAAGCAGACUUGCUGUUUGGUACACAAGGAGAAGGAUUGCACAAAUCACAACAAAAAUGAACCAUGCGGAGCUCGUUUUGGGACAUCAAUUGCUCCUGUAAAGGAUCUCAAUCUUGAUGGUUUUAAUGAUAUAGUCAUAGGUGCUCCUCUAGAAGACGAUCAUCGAGGGGCUGUGUAUAUUUAUCAUGGAAAUGGGAAGAAUAUAAAGAAAGACUAUGCCCAGCGAAUUGCUUCUGGUGGAGAUGGGGAAAAAAUGAAGUUUUUUGGACAGUCAAUACAUGGUGAAAUGGACUUAAAUGGAGAUGGACUUACAGAUGUCACUAUUGGAGGCUUAGGAGGAGCAGCCCUUUUCUGGUCUCGAGAUGUUGCCCAAGUAAAUCCUUCCAUGAAAUUCAUGCCGAACAAAAUUGAUAUUCAGAAGCUAAGCGGUGACAUGCAAAAACAAAAAGUGUAUAUUAACUCCACAAUUUGUUUUGAAGUCAGAUUAAAGUCAAAAGACAUCACAAUUAAUGAAACAGAUAUACAGUACUGGCUUACACUUGAUUCACAAAGAAAGGUGUCUCGAACACUUUUUGCUGAAACAAAUGAACGGAAGAUUCAAAAAAACAUCACAGUUAGAGGUUCAGAAUGUAUUAAGCACAACUUCUACAUGUUGGGCAAACCUGACUUUCGUGACCCAAUAAAGGUUUUGCUGGAGUUUAAUUUUUCUGAUCCAGAGAGUGGGCCAAUCCUUGAUAGUGAGCUGCCCAAUUCAGUAGUUGAAUAUAUCCAUUUCACAAAAGACUGUGGAAACAAGAACAAAUGUAUCACAGAUCUACAUCUGACUGCUAACGCAACUAUAGGAGGAAACAGUUUAUCUCCAUUCAUCAUCAAAUUGAAUAAUUUGAAAUUCUGGGUCCAAAUGUUGGUCAGAAAUAAAAAAGAUAGUGCUUACAAUACGAGAGUCUAUGUGCAACAUUCUCCAAAUAUUAUUUUUUCUGGAAUUGAGAAAAUACCAAAAGACAGCUGUGAUACAGGGCAUAACAUCACUUGUAAAGUAGGCUAUCCCUUCCUGUCUCCCAAGGAGGAGAUUUUCUUUGAAAUAGCAUUCCAGUUCAAUGUGUCUCACCUCCUGGAAAAUACUAUAAUUCACUUUUCUGUUACAAGUGAUAGCGAUGAACUUGAUGAGACUCUUGGAGAUAACAAAGGAACUAUUUCAAUUCCAGUAAAAUAUGAAAGUGGAUUAAUAUUUAAAAGAGAAUCUAGAUCAUAUCACAUCAUCAUUGCUGCAAAUGAUACAAUACCUGCAGUAAUUAAUUCUACUGACAGUAUUGGAGAAGAAAUUAAUAUAUACUACUUGAUUGAUAAAGGAGAACAUUUCUUACAGCCACAGCUUGCACUGCAAAUCUCAUUUCCAAAGAAUAUUUCAGAUGAAAACCAAAUCCUUUACUUCACCAGGAUAUCAUAUUCAGAGAAUGCAAAAUGCCAAUCCAGCCACCCAAAUGAUUUGCUAAAGAUUGAUAUGGGCAAUCCAUUCACAACAUCAAGAAUACAAGAACCUCUAAAAGAUCCCAACAUAAAUUGUGAUAGAUAUGAUUGUGCAUCCAUUAACUGCACUAUAGCCCCAUCAAAUAUUACUCAUGUGAAUAUUUCAUUCAGACUCUGGAAGCCUACUUUCAUAAAGGCAAAAAUUCACAGUGUAGAACUCAUUGUGAAAGCAAGUCUAAGAACUGAAAACACAUUAAUGAUCUUGAAGAAAGAAAAUGAAAAAAUAGAGACAAAAAUUCAAAUCUCAAAGGAGCUUCUUCCUGGCCGUGUGCCAUUAUGGGUCAUUCUGCUAAGUGUUUUUGCUGGGCUCCUGAUUCUUAUCUUGCUUAUAUUUGCAUUAUGGAAGGCUGGAUUUUUCAAUAGGCCCUUAAGGAAGAAAAUGGAGAAAUGAGAAGAAACUCCAGAAAAAGAAAAAAAAAACUCUUUUAACAGUUCUGCAAUGAUCUGCCCUCAGGUGGACUUCUGAGAUAUGACUAUAAAUCAAAUCCUUGGUUUAAUGUAGGAAAAAUCACAGAAGUUUUAUUUCAAACAACAUCAUAUGCUGAGCAAUAAAGGAAGCAACAAGAAAAAGAAAAUGAACAAACCAAAGAUAGAAAAAAUAAUCCUGAAAGGAAACUUUCUUUUCCUUUUUUAUAGUGAACAGAAGAGAAAAAUCUGUACAACUGUUCUGAACUUGGAACUUUUUUUUCAGAUAACUUUUUCUUCAUGGAUAUACAAGCAACUUUGAAGCCAAGGUGUAUUCAAAACUAGGGAGAGCAGACAGACAAUUUACUCCUCAGAUUUUACCCAUUAUUUUUAAAAUUGUCAAUUAUUUUUAGAACACAAGCCACAGCUUUGUAUCUCUAAUGUAUGCACAGGUACAUACAUCCUACUGAACUGAAUUUGAGGAUUUCAAACAAUUUCUGACAUGCAUAAGAAACAUCUGCAACUUUUUUUUUAUCAUCAUUCUUAAAUGGGGAAGAAGCCUAUAGUCAAAGAUGGGCAUGCUACUGUUUUGGAAAAUAUUUAUCCAGGAGGAAAAACACCCCUCAGAAAUUAGCAACUGCACCAUAAAAUUUCACAAAGUGUUAUCUAUCAAGCAUCAGAUGGAGUUCCCUGCCUUUUGUAUAACUGUAGAAGAAUGAUUACUUAAUAGCUAAGGUCAUAUUUGUAUGCAGAGCAUCCCAAGUACAUUCCUUGGUAUCUCCAAUUUGAGAAGUAAAAAUACACAUCCAGAAAACAGAAAACCUGUUAUACAUCAUUCUGAAUUAGUGAAUGCUAUGUGUUAUGAUUUAAUACCAGAAAGGUUAUAUUUCUCAUAAAUUAAAAGUGUGCAGAUAAAAGUCUAUACAGGGUCUUAUAUUUAGUUUACUUCUAAACUAAAAUAUAAACUUUUAACUAUUUUGUGCAUGUAAAAAAAUGAAGAAGGGACUUCAUUUACAGUGAAGGGAUGAAUUUGAAAGCCAUGCCAUUCCUUCAUAUAGGGAGAAAUUAGCCUCCCCUUAUGGCUGAAAUAGGUCAUAAGACUACAUUACAAUCAUGCAUGACUCUGAACCAGCUGUUAUUUCUCCAUAGUGUAUAUACCCUCGGCAAUGUUUUCAGGUACUGUUUAUAUUGACCACCAGGAGGCAGUACAGUACUGGUUUUCUAAUAAAGAUAAAAGCGAGAGCACAUUGCUUCCUGGAGUUCAAUCUAAUAGGCUAAGAAUAAUUAUCUGCAAAGAUGAUUUCACUGUUUUCUCAUUACUAAUGAUGAAUCCUUGAAAAUAUAUUGCUUCAUAUUUAGUGGAAAAUAUGAAAAAUUAUUUUUGUUUUCCUAAAAAAGUUAAAUCAUAGUGCUUUAAUUUAUUACACAUAGAACAUGGAUCUUUGUGCAAGUCACUAAUGCUAAAUUUCCCUGAAGAUUUGUUAGCAGAAAAUAAGAUACUUUUUUUUUUGCCUUCAUAUCAGUGACUACAUGUAGAAGUCCAUGCAGUUUUCCAGACAAUGGUUUAUAGCCUUCUUCCCAAGGCUGAGAGGGAGUGACUAGCCCAGCCGGCUUCAGGGUCCUAGGCAAGACUAGAAUUCAAAUUCCCCUGCUCCAUUUUUUUAACCAGCAGACCACUGGAAUAUCAAACACUAUAAUAAGGCAGUAAAGCAAAUGUUUUUAACAAAAAUUCAACAUGACAUGACCAUCAUAGAUGUUAUUUAUGCAUUUACAUAAUGAUUUAUUUUCAUUAUUUUCCUCAGAUGCUUUUUGUUGCUGUUUUAGCCACCAUGCUUUUCCUUACUGAAAAGGUGAUCGGUUUUGUAUUUCCCUUUUCAAAUAUUACAGGAAUGUUUGAACUUUAUACCGGUGCUCACAAAUUCUAUUGUGAAUUGUACAAUCUUCCCAUAUCAGUCUGCCAGUAGAUGUAAUUUAAAUAUUUGUUCAAAUAGCCUUUUAGAAUACUUCGUUAUUUAUGUUAAAUAUUAACAUUUUAUCAAUCCACUGGAAUUUGGGAGAUGUUAUGCUGAACAAUUCUUGUACAUAAAUAGACCAUUCUGAUUUUUUUUUAAAAAAAAAUCCAAAUCUGAAAUAUAUCUGAAGACUUAUUAUUGGAGAAUUACAUACCAAAGGCAAUAAAAAGCGGCCCAUAUUAGAAAUUCUGCAAAUCAUGAAAUUGAUAGAACAGGAUUUUCUCAGAAGUGCAGUUUCAUUUGGAUACAUAUAUAUUUCCUACUAGAGCUUCUAUAGUAGGCAUGUCAAACUGCCGGCCCAUGGGCCGGAUGCGUCACACCAAAACCGCGCCCACCCAUUGCUGGCGCCCACGAUACAUCGUGCGACAUCAUGUGACGUCACGAGUUUGACAUGCCUGUUCUGUAGUUUUUAUUUCAAAUAUUUCAGUUCUAUUUUUACAUGUUUCCCAAAUAUGAAUUAAAACAGUUUGAAUAUGUGUAAAAAGCAGUGAUGAGGUUUUGAGUCAUGCAUGCAACAAAAUUCCAAUUUAAAUGCAUUACAAACAAUAAGAAUUCAGAUCAGGAUUGAAAUAAAACAAGGUAUCCUGUAGAACUACUUUUAGAUGUAUGGACUUCAAGUCCCAGAAUUCCCCAGCCACCAAGGGAACUGUUUUAGUUUUAUCUACAAGAGGUCUAUGACCUGUUAGGAACUGGGUCACACAGCUGGAAGUGAGUAGCGAGUCAGUGAGCAAAACCAAAACCAUCCCCCCACCCUUCCUUGUCUGUGGAAAAAUUGUCUUCCACUAAACCAGUCCCUUGUGCCAAAAAGGUUGGGGACCACUGAUCCAGACAGUGUUUGCACAAAGUGUUUUCCCUACUGAAAAAGUAAACAAAAUUGUAUUUCCCUUUUCAAGCAUUACAGGGAUGUUUGUAUUUCAUAUUGAUGCCCUCAAAUUUUGUGACUUCAUUGUGAGUUGUACAGUUUUCCCAUAUCAAGGCUGGCUACGGAAUUCUGGGAGGUGAAGUCCACUCCUCUUAUAAUUCCAAGGUUGAGAAACACUGCUAUAAAUUAUCAAAUGGACUUUAAUUUGCUACUUAUAAAUUGAGGAAUUAUUUAAGUGGCUAAAUUUAAUGUCUUAAAUAUUGAUUUGUACUGUACAUAGUACAGCAUAUAGAUAAAGUAUUCUGGACUAGAUAAAAUAUUUUAAGCAGUUUAGAAUACUAAUAACCACUACUGAACACUAUGGUCUAAAUCAGGGGUGUCAAACUGUUAGCCCAUGGGCCGGAUGCGUCAUGCGGAAGCCGCGCCCACCCCAUUGUCGGCAAUGGCAAAACAGUCCCGAUAUGUUGCGCAACAUCACAUGACAUCACGAGUUUGACAUGUCUGGUCUAAAUCUACUUGAACUUAACCAAGAGUGACAAAGUCCAAUUUAAAAGUCCAAUAUUAGCUGUACAAAUAUUAUGACUUUAUUUAGAUAGUGAUUGCCGGGUGUAGCCACUGUACUUAUUUUAAUGGAAUUUAGUUUCAAAUAUUCAUAGGAACAUGGCCUAGAAGCAACUGCAUUCGAUAAUUUUAAAUAUUCUAGUUAAAGACUGUUCAAAUGCCCUAGAGAAAAAAGGCCAUAAAUUGGGAGUACAAUGCGACACAAUAUAAAAAAUACAUUUCCCUCACUUGUACCAUUGUUGUGUCUAAUAAACUGUUUAUUGUGCACCUGUCAUUUCAAGAGCAGAAUAUUGAUAAAUGCAUGAUUUUGAAAUAGAAAUUUAGUAUUCAUUUCACAAUUUAAUUUUCUUUUCAUGUGGAAUGUUUCAUCUAUGUCUCUAUAAUUAUUAUCUCCACACACAUCAAGGAUCUCUAGGGCACAGUAUUUGGUUUUGAACUAGGAUUCUAAAUUUUCUUCUGAUAUAUUAAGAAUCAAUUUGCAAUAGGAAAUGAUGAGAAUCCAUUUUGCCCCAUUACUGGCUAUCAAGACGAUGAACAUGACAAUGCAAUCAAAGCUCCAUUUUUUUGGUGGGGCACAUAAACAUGUGGACUUUCUUUGCAGCUGCCAACUUGACCUUUAUCCAUGCAAAAUUGGGUUCAAAAUACAAUUUUCAAUUCAUAAUUUGGAAAAAGGAAAAAAAGCGGACAUUAUAUAAAGACAGAACAUUCAUAGAAGCUUUUUGUUCACCAUGGAACUCUAUAUGCUCCUUAAUAUUGUAUGCCAUGCAAGUAAAUUUCACCAAAAUCAUCUUCUCCUUGUGUAUUUAAAAAAAGGAGUCAUCAAAUUCUUUGAAAAAUUCCCGGUGAAAUACCAUUUUAUACAGAGCUUAAAAAAAAAAACAUUCUGUCCAUUAUAUCAUGUUGAGAUAAAGGCCUGACUCAUGACUUGCAGCAUCGAUAGAAGUAACAUGCCAUGUAUUCAUUUCCAUUUUUUUCUGUAAAUGUUAUUUGUGUGUCGGAGAUUAUAUGAAUGUAUAUGUGUGUUACUAAUAUAAUUACACAACCUUGUCUGAAAUUGUGAAUAAAACUCUUUGCUUAGUCAUAA